AGAGAGGAAGUGAAUCAGAUAAAGGCUUAUUAUUCUCAGUAUUUCCUCAGGGAUCUGGGAACCGGCUUCUCCCUCCUGCAGGUCUUAUGUCUGGCUCGAUGUGGUCUGACUGACCUGGAGGGGAUUUCUGCUCUUUCCUCCUUAAAGGAGCUGUAUGCGGCGUUCAACAGCGUCUCAGACCUGAGUCCAGUCAGUUUGCUGGAGGAUCUGGAGCUGCUGGAUCUGGAGGAGAACGAGGUUGAAGAUCAGGCUCAGUUGUGGUAUUUGGGCCGUUGUGUGAAGCUCAGGACACUUUCACUGGAAGGAAACCCUGUGUGCACCUGCCCCGCUCCAGGAGCCUCUGAGGUCUCGGGCUACAGCUACAGGUCUGCGGUGCGUGAGCUGAUCCCUCAGCUGAUCUUCCUCGAUGACGCUCCUGUUGAAGAGGACAAACCUCAACGCUGCAGAGCUUCACUGCAGGACUGGACUCUUCUCAGAGAAUCCAUCAGAGACGCUUCAGUCAGUGACGGCCUGGAGCUCACAGAUGCAGACACAGGUAAAGACAAACAGCAGCUUCUGGAGACUGUCUCAGCAGCACUCCAUGUGUUUAAGAGCGGCGUCAGACCUGCUUCAGCUCGGCCUGGAGAUCUGAGAAGCCGUCCAGACAGCGCCAGACCUCUCACUCCCUGCAGCGGAUCAAGACCAGGAUCGACCGGCUCCAACAUCACCGUCCUGAACCACGAGGCCAGCGAUCUGACCAACGGUAAACUCCUGCACUCACCCUGA